CAAGAGGCCGAUAGCUUCAAUUUCUUCGAAGCACGGCGUCACAUGCACAGUUCAGCAAGAUGUCAUUGUUGAAGUCGGCCGUGGACCGUGCGAGUCGCGGUUGUUCGCGCUCCCUUCCUAUCUAGUGCCCUUAAAGAUCUGCGACUUGCUCUAUGCCUGCUACGAAAUGUGGUCCGGAAAGGACGCUACAAUGCAUGGGCGUCUGCUGCACCUGGCUGUUCGGAGAUGGUGGACUGAUACGCCGCAUUGACUUCUGCUGUCUUUGCAUGCGGCGGGGUCGAAUUAUUCAGGCCUGGAGUCACUUCUGUGGCACAGUGUUUGUCUCUCCUAGCGCCUGCCCUUGCGACUCGCUAUCGCGCUUUCCUUCCUUGGCUUGGACGACUGCUCGUCUCCAACGCGAGACACUUGCUACUUUCACCCCCCGAAUCGCGGCUGGUACUGGGCAUUUGUACGCCCCCUUGCGCUCUUCCAUACCAACUCUUUCAAUUUUGGCGCGCUGCUGGAGGCCGCACGCACGCUGCGUUGACCGGCGAGGCUGUUUUGUGAACCGCAGUAGCGCUACUUCUCGGAUUGAGCUGGCGCUCCUUCUACCACCUCUUUCUCUCUCACACUCACUCGCAGUCGCUCGUUAGCUUUUCGUCGUAGAGAUAGAACAUGCCGCUCUCCGCCAUUUCACCCUAUGCGAAGGGCUCUUAAGCUGCCGCAACCCCGCCCC